UCUGAAACACAUAUCCCCAGAGUCUGUACAGCAACUCCAAUCUUGAUGCGCAAACAGAAUGGCGCUCGUUUGCGUCGUCUCUCCUUCACCGAGCGGGUUGAUGUAGUGCUGUCAUGUUGCCAGGUGAGACAAGACUUACCCAAACACACUAAACCCAGGCGCUAAGCACAGCGGGACCAAACACGGCCCACCUGCAACAACAACACCAUCAACGUUAUAUCAACACGCCCACCCUAUGCAGCCCCGCUUCACCCUCCCACAAUAACACCCGCGCAACCAUGGAGGAACAGACGAACACCCUCCUCGCGGCGCUGAAGAAGCCGUCCACGCCCGUCGAGGCGCGGCUGUCCCAGUUCACCACCCUGAAGUCCGGCAUCAAACACAACCGCGUGCCUGAGAGCUGCCAGGCUCCCAUCUUUGAGUGCAUUCGCCUUGCCAUCAGCGCCACCACCUCCGCCGCCCUUGUCCAGGCCGGCUUCUCGACCCUAUCACACUUCCUGAAGCGACUCCAAUUGCAGAAGGAAACCUCCAUUAUCACUCACCAGUCCCACAGGCUGCUCCCCUUGCUCGUUGACAAACUCGGAGAUGCUCGUGAUAGCCACCGUCAAGCCGCUGCGCAGCUACUGGGCGACCUCCACCAGCUGUGCAAUCUUGAGGUGGAUGAAGCGAUGCACAAUGCCAUGAAAUCAAACAACGCUCGCGCCAAGGAGGUGUCGAUGCAAUGGCUAGUAAAGAUGAACAAGACCGAGGGUCUUCCCUUCCGUAGUUACAGCGGCCAGCUGGUCGCGAACUUGGAAGACGCCGACGCAGGCGUGCGCGAAACUGCAAAGACCUCCGUAGUGGAAUUAUUCCGUACCGCCCCAGAGGUCGCCAAAGUGAAUCUGAGGAAACAACUCAUUGCCCUUAAUGUUCGCAAAACCAUUGCAAACUACAUCACUUCCCACCUCGACGAUGCACCGGCGCCUGCGGAACCCGAGAUGCUGCCCCCACCACCACCUGUUCGGCCUAUAGCCGCCGGUCGCGCCGCGACUCUACAGCCUGACGUUGGGUUCGCAGAUAGCUUGAACGUAGAGGUGCCUCCUCCAAGCGAGCCUGUCUCUAUGGAUCCUUUGCAGAUCUACACGCAACGAGAAUUGGACGAUAUCUUCCGCGAAAUGGCCCCGCAUUUCGAGGGGAGAGAAUCGGAGCAGAACUGGCUUCACCGAGACAAGAGUGUGACCAAACUGAGGCGCAUAACAAAGGGCAAUGCCCCCUCAGAAUUCCCCGUCGCUUUCGCGGCAGGCAUCAAAUCCCUGUUGGACGGUAUAUUGAAAGUUGCAAACUCCCUUCGAACCACCAUGUCGACAAAUGGUUGUAUGUUAGUCCAAGAGCUGGCAAAAACAGUCGGAUCGAUGAUGGACCCAUGGGCAGAGAUAUUGCUACAGACUUUCAUCAAGAUGUGCGCUGCGACAAAGAAUAUCGCAGCACAGAACGGUAGCGCAACCGUGGACGCCAUUUUUUCCAAUGUGACCUAUUCGAGCCGUUUGAUGCAACACAUUACUUUUGCUUCACAGGAUAAGAACGUACAACCACGAGCAUUCUCUGCUAGUUGGGUUAAGACCCUCAUUCGUAAGCACAAGUCACACAUUGAGCAUUCAGGAGGGUUAGAAUCACUCGACAAGAUCAUGAGGAAGGGCGUUACGGACGCCAACCCAAAGGUGCGCGAGGCGUAUCGAAGCGCCUACUGGACAUUUGCUCUUGUUUGGCCGCAGAAAGCUGAAGCCAUGUUUGAAUCGUUUGACAAGAGGGAGAAAUCCGGGUUGGAGAAAGACCCCAAUAAUCCAAAUGCAUCCGCUCUUGCGUCCCAGACCAGUGUGUCCAACUUCUCCAAGUCUGUUGGCGCUGGCACCGGAGCUGCCCGUGAUGCAUUGAAGGCAAAGAUUGCCGAACAACGAAGACUAAAAAUGGCAGCUGCGAAAAAUGGUCCGGAUCGUCCCAGCUCUGCUCAAGCUAGCUACACGCCUGCGAAAUCGCAAUCGUCCAAGUCCGUAUCUCGAACUGCUUCGAACACAUCUACAGCUUCAUCGGGUACUGCUCGGCCGCCAUCUGCAAUGGGGAGCUCGACAAAAUCCGUUGCUACGAAUGGUUCCGGAUCUCUGAUGAGCGGUACAGCGCGGCGACCUAUCCGGCCACGACCUGAACUCCAUAGACCAGCGACAGCAGAUCCGUAUGCUGUUCGACGUAAUAACGGCAAGGUCACACCCUCUAUGACCCCAGAAAAGACCCCAUCAGCAACAACUGCGAAGAAGUCCGUCGCACCUAAGAGUACCGUGCGGGCGCGUUCGCAGACACAAAACAGCCCUAAUAUUAGUCCUAUUAGAAGUAAGUCUAGGCUUGGGGAGUCCGCGACGCACAAGAAGGUACCCAGCAUUGGAUCGCGACAUGGCAGUCCGGCUGUCAGUCCGUUGAAAGACGAAGACCUCACCAUGGUAAAGCCAUUUGUUCGAUCUCAGAGUCACCACCAGCCAGGAAGCGUCAUUCCAUUCCGCCAACGACAUGGUUUGGAAACCACGACGACUAUUGAUAAUGAAGCGAUAGAUACUGCAGAGGAUGAGAACUUCACAAUGGUCAUUCCCAAUCUUGGUCGACCUCCCUCGCAGCCGGCGCAGCAGACCCCACCAAAACCGAUGCCAUCUCCUGGACGCUUGGCGCCUGGAAGCCCACGUGGUUCACCAAUGAGGAGUGCUCACUCUAUGAACGAUAUCAGUUUGGAACGAAGCAUCCGCAUGCGAUCUCCAGACCGUCCGAGUACCCGCGGCACCGACGCACAAGACGAAGUUCACGUAUACGAAGAUCCUUUCGUUGGCGAGGAACCAGCUGCGCUCCAAGACGGCGAGAAGCCUGUUCUGGAAGAGCUUCCUCUCAAUGAGAAGAGCGCCGAACGCAGGAACAGUAAUGAGAGCUCAAACAGCACGGAUAUGAUGGGCGAAGCGAGUGAGGAGCCGGUACGCGGACACCACAAGACCACAAGCACAGGUAGUGUGAUGCACGCUGGAAGCAACGAGCCAAGCGGGCCAGAGGUUCUUAAGAACCGGCAGUUGCUUGCAAGUGGGAUCAAAAAGAUUGCGAGCCGAACAGUCGAAGCACACAUGUUCCGCCGCCUACAAGAUCUAGUCAAGGCGAACCAGGACAUUUGGGGACCGAAUGACGAGAAAUUCGGCGAGCUGCUUCUAGCCUGCCUCGACUUCCUCGAGACCCCUUGUGAGGAACUCAAGAUAGCGCCAAUGAAGGCCGCCAAUCUGAAAGUUCAGGCUCUAGCAACCAUUCGGGCAAUGCUGUCACUAUAUCGCAAAGAAACGGCAAAGUAUUUCUCCCGAGUUUUGUGCACGCUUCUUCAGACCAAGGCUCAGUACGAGAAUACCUCGCACAUUGCGAUCGAUCUCGAGACUACAGCGGACGAAAUUGUUAAGUACGGUCAACCUGCCGACUGUUUGGAGGCUGUCUUAUCACUCAUCGAGGAGACACCAUCUUCCACGCCAUCGUCCUCACCUAAUUCCAAGUCAUCCACUGGCUCCGCGGUAUCUGUUUCGACACGCACGACGACCAUGGCUCUCAGUAUUCUGUCGUCCCUGAUCCAGAUGUCCAGCGCCAAGAAUGUCGAUCUUCAGCCCGAACAGACUGCUCGCGUGGGGAGACUGGCUGUGCGAUGCCUCGAUGACACAGACUCUGAUGUGCGCAAAGCAGACAUUGACGUGUGCGUCUCCCUCCACGAGCGUAUUGGAGGCGAGAAAGAGGAGUUUUGGAAGGCGGUCGCGGGGGCGAGAGAACAGCAUUUGAACCUGUUGACAUACUAUCUUGCCAAGAGGGCAAAGGCGUAA